CUGAAGUGAGCGGAGGUGGUGCGUCCAGGAGCGCCUGAGCGAGAGAUUGAUUGGGAGGUCUGGACUCGGGAACAAGAGGAGGAGGAGGAGGAGGAGGAGAAGAAGAAAAAAGGCGGAGGAGGCGGCAGCGGCUGCUGCGGCAGCGGCGGCAGCGAGACGAAGGGCGGCUGCUUCUCCACGCAGGGAUCUUUGCGAAGCUGCGCCGAGAUGUCUUCUCCUUCCAAAGCCAAGGAGGUUUUCUCCUCGGACGAAGAGGGCCCCGCUGCUCUUGAGGAUCACCACAAAGUCAAGGUCUCCAGUUUGCCGUUCAGCGUGGAAGCGCUGAUGUCCGACAAGAAGCCGCUCCGAGAAGCCAGCGGAAGCCUCGAAGGGGCUGGCUUGGGUACUUCUAGGAACCUGCUCUUGCCCACUCACGUCUCCAGGGAAGCUCCCAGCCCCGGCGGGCUUACAAAAACCUUCGAGACCUCGUCGGUGAAGUCCGAAAACUCCGAGGAUGGCUCGUCCUGGAUUCCAGAGGCCGGUAGAUACUCCCCUCCCCCAAGACACUUGAGUCCCACAGCCUGUACGUUGAGAAAACACAAGACCAAUCGGAAGCCUCGAACACCUUUUACAACUUCCCAGCUGCUAGCUUUAGAGCGCAAGUUCCGUCAGAAGCAGUAUCUAUCCAUUGCUGAAAGAGCUGAAUUCUCAAGUUCCCUCAACCUUACAGAGACCCAAGUCAAAAUAUGGUUCCAGAACCGGAGGGCCAAGGCAAAAAGACUGCAGGAAGCAGAGCUGGAGAAGUUAAAAAUGGCAGCAAAGCCCAUGUUACCAUCCGGUUUUAGCCUGCCUUUCCCUAUCAACUCGCCUCUCCAGGCAGCCUCUCUCUAUGGAACAUCAUAUCCCUUUCACAGACCUGUGCUUCCCAUCCCACCUGUAGGACUCUAUGCUACUCCUGUGGGCUACAGCAUGUAUCACUUAUCAUAAGAAGACCAGAAAGGGAUGAUGGAGUGUACUCAGUUAAAAAGUGCUGUACAGAACCAUGACUGGUUAUUUUCCACCUACUUGUAAUGUGCCUUAUCAAAUAUAUACCUAGGAGUUUGAACCCAGAACCCGUAUUCCGCAACUUGGGAACCAACCAAAUGUGAGCUCACCAGCUAGAAUCUGAUCGUGAAUGCAAGUUUUUUUUUUAAUAUGCAGACUUUAAGGAAUAUAGUUUAUUUAUAUACUGCAUAGGGAAGGGGGAUUACAGUGAUAACUAUUCCCAUGAAAAUGUAUGAUUUAAUUACCAGCCUCCUGGAAAUUCCCAGUAAACCUGUGGAAUAUCAUUCACACACACACACACACACACACACACACACACACACACACACCUUGAAGUGAGAAACUUUUCUUAUGCCUGUUUACUCAGAAGGAAUAUAUCUCACUUUGUUCAGUAGUACUUAUUCCCAUAGAGUGGUGUGAGUGCAGGCAUGGAGGUAAAAAUACACAUGUAUUCUUUGACUGAUUGAGGAAGCUUAAACAUAUAGAAAACCAACGUAUUUAUAAAACCAACUUCAGAAAUAAAAGCUGACUUGAGACUGGGUUGGUUUCUGUAUUUCUCUUUGGACCCUUCACUGCACUCCAGUCCUGGAAACUGAAAUGCAACUGGAAUACUUCAGAUGCAAAAUGGUGGAUGGGGUGGAUUGUUGAUCUGAUUCCUUUAUAAAAUUCCCUCCUGGAAUAUUUCCUGUAGAAUGGCACCCAUGAAGUGGGACUCCCCAUUUCUAUCUUGUAAAGGAUUUCUACAGAUACAAGUUUUGCCAAGUUUUUGUUUGCAGUUUAUUCUUGUUUGUAAGACAGCCUUCGAAUGGCUACAGGGGCAUGCCAUGGCAGAGGAAAACCCAAGAGGCCUCUUUCAGAUUUGUCUUGAACCCAGUUGCCCCCCCCCCCAUGUCCAUUUAAUCAUUUAAAUCAAGUCUGCAGUUCAAUUGACAUUUUGAUAUUGGGAACAAACAGGUUAGAGAUAGGAAAAGAGGAUAUAAGAGUUGUGCAUAUGUGCAGAGACAUGAUGAAACCAGAGUUGUUUUGUGUUGCAGAGUUGUUUUGUGUUUAUUGCAAUAAUCUUAUGAUUUAACCAUUAUUAGCUUGUAAAAAUGAAUUUACGCUUCAAUGAGUCUUGACACACCCACAAAUCCAGAGAAUGAAACAAAGCUAUGAGAACAAAGUUUGUCUCGCCCACUCUAAAGAUAGGACAGCUCUCCUCUUUUUGACUUAUUUCAGAGGAGGGCAGGGAGGAAAGAGUUAUGCUUGGCAUAUAAGGUACUAUAUAACCCAUUGUUUUAAUUGUUUUAUUAUUAAUAUGGCUAAACCUUGUGGUAAAGUGUCUACAGAGGAGGCGGGUUACUGAAGACUAGACGUUUCCCAGUUGUGUCUUUAGUAUGUCCUCAAGAGUGAGAAGGAAUCUGCCCUGCUACAGGCUAUGUUGUGAAUCUUUUGUCUAUUAGUUCAGUGCUGGCCUUUUACCCACCCGUCCCUAGCCUAUAUGAAAAUCCCUUUGAAAGGGAUGCUUUGUACAAUUUUAUAUAUUUUAUUGAAGAUUUAUUAUUUCUUAUCUCUUUAUUUAGAAUUAAAUUAAAAACAUCUUGUUUACUGGCGU